UGUCACUGCUGCAACUCAACAGAAGCACAAGCACCCCUUCACCCCUUCACAACAACAACCAGCGCACACGAGCACAACAAACAUGUCGCUGCCCUGUGACGACUUUGCCGAGUUCAAGCGGCUCCUGCUGGAGAUGCGGGACACGGACGACAAGAUUAUCUACAAGAUGAACACCAUCAUCCCGACAAAGUCCAACGUCGACCACCUCGACGCCACCUCAAACUGCGCAGCCCUCUACCACGAGUUGAACAGUGCGCACAUGCAGCGGCGACAGAGCAUGGAGCGCUGCUUGACACAGGUGCAGCAGGAGAUUCGCGACCUCAAGACACAGCUGAACGUCGGUGACAGGGACAUGCGUGCAGAACAGGGCAAGGGCAAGACGAGCUUGGAGGGCCAGGCGCUGCGGGAGAAGCAGGCGUUGAGCCGUCAAAUCCGGCGCGAACUCGUGGCCGAGGACAUUCUGCAGGAGCAAACAAAGAAGGUGUUCAAGGACAGGUGCGGGCGGUACUACAACCCAAAGGCACAGUAGGAAUGACAACCGAAUCACGGCCACACCGCACCCUCCCUCCGCCUCUAUGCUGCCAUCUCUCUCUCUCUCUCUCUCUCUUUCUUUUUCUUCCAUGUAGGCUUGUUGCAUCUGCCAACGACACGUGUGUCCACACGACUCAACCAUACAACACCUUUCUCUUUUGACCGCUGCUUUCCAUCAUGUCUGUUCGUUCGUUCAUUUGUUGUUUCCCGUCACCAAUUAAACACCGG